AUGUUCGAAAGAAGCAGUGUUUAUGAAGAAGCGAGGUCUGGCGACCUCGGCGACGUCGAUACCUCAGGCUACUCUGCGACUAGACGGCAAUUGUUGGAUAUCGCCAACAGUCUGCGCGGGACCGGUGUAUCCAUGGAUAUAGAGGUGCCUAUAAUUGCGGUAAUCGGAUCGCAAAGUACGGGGAAGUCAACCCUACUCGAGAGCAUAUGUAAGAUCACGCUGCCGAGAGCGAGCGGGACCUGCACGAGGUGCCCGACCGAAUGCCGCCUUUCGCGCUCUUCCGACCCCUGGCGAUGCACCGUCAGUUUGCGGUUUAUGAAGGACCGACGCGGGAACCCCGAUUUCCGCACAGUCCCAUUCGGCAACCCAAUCACGAACUCAGAGGAGGUCGCCGAGAGGAUCCACCGCGCUCAGCAUGCCAUCCUGAACCCAAGCACUCAAGCUAGCUUCUUCCUGAGUGGCGGCGAGCCGAGCACGCCCGAGACCACGUUCUCUAGUAACUGUGUGUCCUUGGAGAUCAGCGGCCCGGACAUCGUCGACCUAUACUUCGUUGACUUACCUGGACUGAUUGUCAGCGCGGGCAGCGGCAGUACCUCUACCGACAUAGAGUUGGUCAGGCAACUCGUCACCGAGUACGCGGAGAAGGAAGACUGUAUCAUGCUAGUGACUGUAACAUGCGAGACGGAAUUCGAGAAUCAAGGUGCUUAUCAGCUGGCGCGCACCUUUGACCCUACUGGCAGGCGAACCAUCGGUGUCCUCACCAAACCUGACCGCAUUGGGCGUGGUGAGGAGGAGCGAUGGAUCCACUUGCUCAAGAACGAGCUCCCCAGCCUUGCCCUUGCGAACGGCUGGUUCAGUGUGAAACAGCCAGACAACGUCGAGCUGAAGAAGGGGAUCACGCGUCAGCAGGCGCAACAGCAGGAGAAGGAUUUCUUCGCGAAUACGAGGCCUUGGAACCAGUUACCACCUGACUUCCGGCAGCGCUUGGGGACGCCUAACUUGAUGGAACGGUGCAGCGAUGUUUUGUGUCGUCUCAUCGCCAAAAGGCUCCCGGAAAUCCAAGCGAUGAUCCAAGAGAAACUGCGAACAGCUGAGAAUCAACUCGAAGAACUCCCGCAGGAGCCGGCGGAUCCUGUCAGCGAAGUGAAUCGGCUGAUCAGCGAGCUCUGCAGCACUUUGUCGCGGUAUGUCGAAGGCACUCCCGGUGCGGACGGACUGCUGCAGAUGAUUCGGCCAAAGAAGACGGAUUUCAUGUACGCGAUACGAACGACUGCGCCUGACUUCAGACCGUACGAGAAGUCAGGCGGAGACGGCCUGCUAUCCGGCCCGCUUAGUCUGCCGAAUUUCCUGGUGAACGAGGAAGAACCGAGUCUUCCACAGAACGACAGCUUUGCUAUCUAUAUUGACGAAGUUAAGGAGGUCGCUGACACGUCAGUGACGCGCGAGCUCCCCGACCACAUACCUUUCAUCGCUACCGAGCUGUUCAUCCGUCGGGCGGUUUCUCUUUGGAGGACGCCAGCCAUGCACUUGUUUGACUAUGUUGAGAACGUUAUGAACACGAGGAUCGCGGAGUUCAUACACGCUCAGUGCAAGGAUUAUCCUGAGCUGGAUUACCAAGUCUCGACUGUGGUCAGCGACUUCAUGAAUUGUCGCUCCGAGGCAACGAAAGAGCGCAUUAGAUGGCUGCUCGACCUCGAGGAACGUCCCCGCAUAGUCAACGACUACCAGUACCGCGACUAUCGCACGAAGUUCCUGAGAUGGUACAAGAGUCAUCGUUCGCAGUUCCACAACAUCCCGCUGCUUCACAAGCUACAGCAGCACAUCCCCGACGCCGCCUCGGGAUUGGACGAGAAGCUUAGGAUAGUUGCAGAAGCGUUCGGCGCACUAGACGAUAGCCUCCGGGAGUUCAGUCCAGUCAAUCUCGUCAAGGUGCUUCGGACGGAUCCUUACGACUCUGCGCUCGAUAUCAUGGCAAGCGUCCGCGCAUACUUCCAAAUCGCUUACAAGCGCUUCGUCGAUAAUGUCCCGAACGCCAUCGACCAUGAGCUCGUGUUGGGGCUGAAUCGCGGGCAUGCACUCGAGAUGGUCCUCAGGAAGGAGCUCGGCCUCAGUGGGCCUAAUGUGGAGCACUUGUGUGCUGACUAUCUGCGGGAGGACGAGGACACUGCGGUUCGCCGUGCGGACUCGAUGAACAGCAUUGAACGACUCAAGCGGGCAAAGGGCGAGUUAACGAGGGUGCGCAUGUGA